UCGGAGGUCCCUCCCCUUUCGGACGCUUCGGGAGUUCAGACGUCAGGCGCAAGCCUCUGGUUCAGCUUCUCCCGCCCUUAAACAGCAAAACCGAGAAUCGAAACUGCGCUGGAUACCAUGCAACAGGAGGCUGCACCCGCCCGAUCUCCGGGGCCCCAGCAGGACCCCGGACUUCCCCACGACCCCACCAUUCCUCCCCCGGAGUCCCUCUCCGAAGGCCACGAGCCCAGCCAGAGCCCCACAGAGCAAGCCAUGGAGGAAGAGUUCCAGUUCUUGUGCUGCCAGGGCUGCCGGGCAGAAGCCAAGUGCCCCAAGCUGCUGCCUUGUCUGCACACGCUGUGUUCAGGAUGCCUGGAGGAGCCAGGCAUGCAGUGCCCCAUCUGCCAGGCGCCCUGGCCCCUAGGCCCUGAUGUGCAAGCCUUGGACAACGUCUUCUUUGAAAGCUUGCAGCGGCGCCUGUUGGUGUACCGGCAAAUCGUGGGUGCCCAGGCACUUUGCACCCGCUGCAAAGAGCCGGCCGACUACUGGUGCUUUGAGUGCGAGCAGCUCCUCUGCGCCAAGUGCAUCGAGGCGCACCAGUGGUUCCUCAAGCACGAGGCCCGGCCACUGGCGGAAGUCCGCAGCCAGUCGGCGCGGGAGUUUCUGGAUGGCACGCGCAAGUCCAACAACAUCUUCUGUUCCAACCCUAACCACCGCAACCCUACGCUGACCAGCAUCUACUGCCGAGGCUGCUCCAAGCCGCUGUGCUGCUCGUGCGCGCUCCUGGAUAGGGGCCACAGCGAGCUCAAGUGCGACAUCAGGACGGAGAUCCAGCAGCGGCAGGAGGAGCUGGACGUCAUGACCCAGGACCUGCAGGAGCAGGACCGCACCUUUGGCGCGGCGCAGGCGCAAAUGAGCUUGGCCAUCAGCCAGCUGGGCCGCGUGCGCACGGACAUCGAGGAGCUGAUCCGCGCGCGCGUGCGCCAGGUGGUGGAGCACGUGCUGCAGCGGGAGCGCCAACUGCUGGAGGAGGUGAAUGCACGGUACCAGCGCAAUUACGAAGAGAUAGCAGGCCAACUGGGCCGCCUGGAUGCUGUGCUGCAGCGCAUCCGUACGGGCAGCGUGCUUGUGCAGAGAAUGAAGCUCUAUGCUUCCGACCAGGAGGUGCUGGACAUGCACGGCUUCCUGCGCAAGGCACUCCACCAGCUGCGCCAGGAGGAGCCCCAGAACCUGCGAUCUGCCGUGCGCACGGACAGCUUUGACGAAUUCAAGGUGCGCCUGCAGGAUCUCGUCUCUUGUAUCACCCAGGGCACAGAUGCAGCCGUUUCCAGGAGAGCCAGCCCAGAAGCUGCCCACACUCCCAGAGACACUUUUGACGUUGACCUGCCAGAGGAGGCACAGAGGGCCCAGGUGCAGGGCCCAGGAUUGGCUGUGGUACAGCCGGUGCCAGGGGCACACCCCGUGCCAGUGUACGCCUACUCCAUCAAAGACCCCUCCUGCAGAGAGGAGGUCUCCAACACAGCCACACCACAGAAGAGGAAGUCCUGCCAGACUGAGUGCCCCAGGAAGGUCAUCAAGAUGGAGUCUGAGGAGGAGAAAGAGUCAAGGUUGGCUCGGAGCUCCCCUGAGCAGCCCAGGCCCAGCACCUCCAAGGCAGUCUCGCCACCCCACCUGGACAGGUCCCCCAGCCCCAAGAUCCCUGUCAUAGGAAAUGAGACCUUCCUGCCCGACAGCAACCAUGCGACGAGCGACCCUGGGGAGGCAGAGGAGCGCGUCGUGGUGAUCAGCAGCUCGGAAGACUCAGAUGCCGAAAACUCGUCCUCCCGAGAGCUGGCCGACAGCAGCAGCGAGUCCAGUGACCUCCAGCUGGAGGGCCCCAGAUCCCUCGGGGUCCUGGAUGACAGCCUUGAGGACUCCCGAGCAGAAGACAGGCCCCUGGUUUUCUUUGACCUCAAGAUUGACAAUGAAAACCAGAAGAUUAGCCAGCUGGCGGCCGUGAACCAGGAAAGCCAAUUCCGUGUGAUCAUCCAGCCGGAGGCCUUCAACAUCUACUCCAAGGCCGUCUCCCUGGAGGUGGGGCUGCAGCACUUCCUGUGCUUCCUGGGCAACAUGCGCCGGCCCAUCCUGGCCUGCUAUAAGCUGUGGGGGCCCGGCCUCCCCAACUUCUUCCAGGCCCUGGAGAACAUGAACAAGCUGGGGGAGUUUGAGAACACCAUCUCAGGCUUCCUGGCCACCCUGCCCCUCAUCCGGGAGUGUGUGCCUGGGGCCAGCAGCUUCAAACUCAAGAGUCUGGCCAAGACCUACCUGGCGAGAAACAUGAGUGAGCGCAGUGCGCUGGCAGCCGUGCUGACCAUGCGCGACCUGUGCCGCCUCCUCGAGGUGUCCCCAGGCCCCCAGCUGGCCCCGCACGUCUACUCCUUCAGCAGCCUGCAGUGCUUUGCGUCCCUGCAGCCCCUGGUGCGGGCAGCUGUCCUGUCCCGGGCUGAGGCCCGCCUGCUGGCCCUCCACAUGGUCAACUUCAGGGAGCUGCUGACGGCACACCGCCAUGAUCCGCAGGGGGGCCUGAAGAAGUACAACCGCUACCUGAGCCUACAGACCCCCUCGUUGCCCGCAACCCAGCCUGCACUCAACCUGCAGGCUCUGGGCACCUACUUCGAAGGCCUGAUGGAAGGGCCAGCCUCAGCAGGGGCAGAAGGCAUUGCUACCCCUCUGGCUGGCCAUAGCUUGGCAGAAAGGGCUUCCCAGCAGAGCUGAGAGGAAAGGGAUGACUGGCUCAGACUCUUCUGGGGACAGAGAGGGAUGGGGUCUCUGAGCCAGGCCCUGCCCAUCACAGCAUUCCCAGGUCCUGGUCCCCAGUUCUCCUUUGUCAUUUGGUCCAGAAUCAGUUUCCUUCUCUGGGACCAAAUUCCUCUUCUCUAAAAAUCCCACAGAGAAGUUUCCAAGGCCAAGCAGCCACUUGCCAAGCAGCCACCACACAGAUCCCUGCGCGGCCCUGGGAGCACGGAUAAGUUAGCUCACCAGACCCCUGGCCCCUCUCCUCCAGGUGCCAGAACCAGGGAGGUCCCUGGUGAAGAAGGCCUGGCCGCUGGGCUCUCAAAGUGGCCCCCGUAUUGCCCCAGCCACCCGAUUCCCACUCCCAAGGGUGUCCUUGCCUCUCCUCCCUGACUCCUGGCCAUGGCCCCAGGGGGGACCUGCCGACAGCACCCACAGACACUGCCUGCAACACCAGUGGUCCCACAGGCACCUAAGUGCCUUUCAAACCAAACCACCCCUUAGGGAUUUGGGUUCUCUUAGCUUUUGCCUGCCCGGAGGCCAGCUCUGUUCACCUCCCCUCUGGAGUAUUUUCACCCACAAAGGGCCUCCUCUCAGCAGAGAGAGGGGCUGUUGUUCCAUGCCUGUCCAUGCUUCCAGACUGUGACCCUUCCGAGCCUGCUUCCCUCCUCCUGCCCACACAGAUGCCUCCCCUUAGUCGAGGCUUUGCCCUUCACGCUCUCUGCACUGCCCCCGGCCCCCAGCCCUCCUGAGGUGUGUCCUCCAACCCAGUGCCGCUUUCAGUGGACUCCAGGUACCCGCAGCAUUGGAAUCUCCCAGUAAGCUGCUUUAGUGCAUUCUCCAGACAAUUCUGAUGCCUGCCAAGUUUCAGAACCAUUGCUCUGAUAGACUGCUCCUCCAGGGAGAAACAGUGUGGAACAGCAGAGAAGGUCCUGGCCCUGGCCCUGACUGUGUGCAUUGAGUGGAACCCAGGGAAAGGCCCCUUCCUGAGCCCCCACGUCCCCACAAAUAAAAUGGGCUGGUUAGCCAGCAUGGUCCUAGAGCUCACACCCCGCUCUGCCAUUCUGGGGUUUUAGGAAUGGACAGCAGGCCUCUGAGGCAGUGGUCAAGGAGGUUUUCAUUCUUUUUUUUUUUUUUUUUUUUUCGGUACACGGGCCUCUCACUGCUGUGGCCUCUCCUGUUGUGGAGCACAGGCUCCGGACGCGCAGGCCCAGUGGCCAUGGCUCAUGGGCCCAGCCGCUCUGCAGCAUGUGGGAUCCUCCCGGACCAGGGCAUGAACCAGCGUCCCCUGCAUCGGCAGGCAGACUCUCAACCACUGCGCCACCAGCGAAGCCCCGGUUUUCAUUCUUGAACCCUUGGUCCCAGCCCUAAGCUAAGGUCCCCAACCUUGUGGUCACAUAGAGGUCAGCAGCAGAACACAGGCAGGUCAGGCCAGUCUCGUCUGACUAGCAGAACCACUGUCCCUUCCCCUCUGCCCCUCUCCCAUCCCUCUUCCUUGGCCCCCUGAUACUGGGAUGCCUCCAUGGCCUCAGCUUUCAGGUGGGUGAAGGCUUUGCACCCAUACCCCUGCCCCCAUCCAGCGGGGGGGCCCUGAAGACCCACUGAGGGAUCACAUAGGAACGUGCCGCCACGUUGAGAGUGCUGGCUCUAACAGUGAACUCUGAUGCAUUUCAAAUAAGAUUCCGAUUUAAAGUAGGAGCUGGCUCUGAAGCUCAGUAAAACAGGCUGGUGGGUGAGGGUAGGAGGGGACUGGAGCCUCAGUUGGCCUGUGAUGACCAUCUUGGCAACAGCAAGGCAGCGCUUGGACCACUCCUCACAGCAUCUUCCCCUCGGCCCCACCUCGGGACUGAGCCUGCUGAUUGCCAGCUCCAAGCCCAGCCUCCCAAUGCUUUCUGCCUUCAGAUGGAGUUGAUCACAGGUUUUACAGCAAAGGGCUGUUCUGCCCUCUCUCCACUGUCACAGCCUCGAAUAAAGAUGUGAAUCGUCAAAGCCUGAUGCACCAAUCACAAACUCUGCUCAGCCCACCCCAGGAGCCACUGAGCAGCCUCUUGCCUGGCAAAGGGGGCACUUGCUGGCAUAGCUGUUCUUUGUGGGGGGGGGGGGUGUCUUUCAGGACUUAGCAGAGCUGAGAGCCCCUUGUUGCUCAGGUAUGGGCCUCAAGGGUAAGAAUCCCCAUUCCAAGUAGGCAGACCAGGGUGGGCCUGUCUGGGAUCAUCUCCAAAGCGGGGAGCCACCUGGAGGGAGAGAAGCACCAGCUUCAAGAAUUACCCCCUAGAGGGAGUCAGGGACCAGAGACCAGGGUCUGUAGGAACUUUACCUCUGCCCCUGCUGGAAAAUCCUGUACCCUGGAUGUCACAGAUGGAGUUCUUAUUAGUGCCUGCAGGGAUUCCCCUGGCACAAGCAGUGUGGGAAUUUGCACCCCCCCUGGCCUGGGUGACGCCAGGUAAUGUGAUUUAAGCAGUUCCACUACCCUUAGCCCCACCUACCUGUCCCAGGUGCCCAAAUUCCAGUCCUGGAGUUUUAGUCUCUAAUUGCAAAUCCAAAUAUGUGUCCUGUGCUUCAUCUUUGAAUUCUAUCUCAGGUUUAUCCAUGUCAACUAACCACAAGCUUGCUGGGCUAGAAGUCAGGACACUGAGUUUCAAUCCUCACUUAGUUGCCUCUGACUCUAGUCUGGUGCAUCAAACUCAUUGAUGCUUAGGCUCUAACUCUGUAAAAUGGUAUAAUAUGGGUUGUUUUUACCUCAUAGGAUCUUGUGUGAACCAAUGAGAAAAUGUGAAAGUAGCCUUUUAAUGUAUGAAGAACCACACAAAUGUAAGAUCUUAUUUUACUGACA